CAUGUCAUGUUCUGUAUCCUUAUAAUAUUAUAUUAUGACUAUCUCGUAGAUAAAAAAUUGUAUGUUAUCAUAGAUCAGUAUGUUUAUGACAAGUUUUAAGAACAUUAUGCAAUUUUCUAAAAUAAAGUAAAUUGUUUAAAUUAUGUAAUUUUUCCCGUAGAUAAUGUAUCUUAUGCUUUAAGAGAAAUAUUUUUAUAUAUUUCAUGUAGUUUUGCGAAGAUAAAGUAUAUGACCCCUGAUCGAGAUAUCAUUCUCAAAUGCAGUUCAAUGCGCUGGAAAUACUACGUAUUUCUAAUAUUGUAAUAAAACGUUACAUACUUCUAUUAUUAUAGCAGUUGUUCAAUAUCAAGCAAUAUUCAUGGAAUUGUUACAUCACAUUUAUUUAUUAUAAUAUAGAACAAUGGAAUUUUUUUGGAACGUCAUAAUUAUAUGUAUAUGUUUAUAAUAUCAUUAUACAAUAAAAUUGCUGCAAACAAUCGGAAUAAUAUUUGAAAUAAAAUAUGACGCAAUAGUAUUAUUGAAUCGCUAACUUAUUAAUGUAUUCGUGUAUAUAUCGACAGCUGUGUGUGUACUGUGUGCGAGCGUAUAUAUACGAUUGUGUAUUACAUUUUAAGUAUUUUUUUAUUUUUAUUUAUUUAAUAUCUUCUAAGGUGAAAUAUGUUCACGAAAUCUAAUAAAUAUCAAUAAUCGUUAUGGAACUAAUUUCUCGCGGAUUUCUUAAAUCUAAGAUGUUAUUAAAUUUAAAAAGUCAUCAUUAAGAUAUGAUUAGAAAAUUAUCCUGUUGUAAUAAUAUGAUGUCACAGAAUACAAUAUAUAUAUAUAUAUAUAUAUAUAUAUAUAUAUAUAUGCUUCCAUGCUUUAUGAAAAAAAUUAAAAUUUUUUGUGCAAUGCAACAUUUAUUUCAAAGAUAAUAAGUUGUACAUAGAAUGAUGUAAUGAUGUAUGAUAUGUUAUACGAUUACCAUCAAAACUGACAUGUAUGUACGAUCAACCAGGUAACGCUCCUUUUAAGAGAUGUGUACGUUACAAAUGCGCGGACUAUACUGAAGAACGCAAAGUCUCCUACUACUUGGAAAAAUCAAUUGCGCUUGCGCGAACUUCGGUCAAGACAUCAUGACAGAACUAUUUUUCUGUGAGAAAUAACUAUCCGUUAUACUUUCGCUACGGUGCCAAAUCGACCGGUUAAUCGCCAACUUUUCUCUUCCGCGCAAAUUGCGAGCAAAUUAUUUCUAUAGCACCUUAAAUUACAUCUUGAUAUUUUAUGUUACUUUUGUCGGUGAAUUUAUGUUAAAUUAAGGAAUUUUGCCUUGGAAAAUAUGCUAGAAGAAAAAUAUUAUAUAAUUCUUUAUUUGAAGAAGGAAAUAGAUAAAACCGCAUUAUCACGAUACAUCGCUCCCAAAUGCGUAUGGAAGCUCCAACAAGAGUGACCUGUAUCGAUACUCAAUUUCUGUACAUUCAUCGAAUGUCUCUGGUCGCAAUCGGGUUAUGGCCUUACCAUCGAACAAUGCUUGUUCAAUUUCAGUCUUGUGUGUUUUCUCUUACUACGAUUAGUUGUAUUAUAUUUCAGCUUACAACAUUUCUAACUACAGAAUGGACUAUUGACUUUAUCGUUGAUAUUCUAUCUACAUCACUUUUUCUUCUUUUGUGCGUAAUUCACUAUAAUUCUUUUUGGAUUAACACACAUGUUGUGAAGCAUGUAUUGGAAAAUCUUCAGUACAUCUGUAGCGACUUAAAGGACGAAAACGAAAUUGCGAUAAUUAAAAGAUAUGGACACAUUGCAAAAUGUAUGGCAAUUGGAUCUAUAUUGCUAAUGAUGUGCAGUUUAUUCCUCUUAAGUCUGUUGCCAAUUCUGCCACGGAUUUCCGGCACCUCUUUCCUCGUAAAUAAAUCCCAGUUAUAUCGCACAUAUAUCAGAACUGAAUAUUUUGUCGAUCAAGAAAAAUAUUUUUAUUUUAUUUUGCUGCAUCUGUACGCAGCCCAGUACAUAGCAGGAGGUACAUUAAUAGGAACAGGAAUAGUGGUGGUAGGAUACUUAAUAUAUUUUUGUGGAUUAUUUGACAUUGCAAGUUACCGUGUAGGACAGGCAAUGCGGAAAAAUAGUAACGAAGUAACUAACCGGGAGAACAAGAGGGAGAUUGACAAGAAGAUAAGGCAUGCAGUGGACAUUCAUCGCACAACUCUUGAAUUUACUGACUUCUUUCUAUAUAACUUCGAGGGAACAUACAUUCUUAUAAUAACGAUUAUUGUACUUUGCUUGAGCCUUCAUCUGUUUGGAAUCUUUCACAACGUUAGUUUUGUAUUUAGGAUGGAAAAGUUCGUAUUACAUUGUGGUUUUACGUUUGCCAUUUUAGGAAUUUCAUUAGGAGGCAAUUACAUAAGUCAAGCAAUUACAGAUCGCUAUAACAACAUAUUUUCAUCCGCAUAUAACAUUCAAUGGUACAUUGCACCCGUACGCGUGCAAAGAUUAAUAUUAUUUCUUUUGGAAAGAGGCGCUAAGCCUUAUGAAAUCAAAUACGGUGGUCUUUAUACAGCAUCUUUAGAAAACUUUGCCACGUUAUCAACUACAUCAAUAUCGUAUUUUACUGUUAUAUGUUCUAUAUAAAAGUGAUAUUAAUAUGAAUCAGCUAAUAUCAUGUUAGAAAUAUUAUGUUAGAACCAAAUGAUAAACGCGAAGAUUGGAAAUUUCCGUUCUUAAAAGUUCCGUUCUUAAAUGACUGGUGCCUGAAAGUAUCAGAAAAUGAAUAAAGAGAAUGAAACACUU